AUGAAGAACAGCGUGGAAUCUCGCGAAGAAGAUGCAAAUGUUUCUUCUUCAUUUCGUCGUUUACCAGAUGAAAUCAUCCUCCAGAUUUUUAACAAAUUAAUCGACUUGAAAACCCUAUGCUUUUGCCAUCUCAUUUCCAAACAUUUCUCCUCGAUUGUACUUCAAAUCGAAGCCAUUUCCUUCACUGCUCCUUUAUUAAACCCUCACAUUUCCGAUAAGAACACCGUCAGUGAUGUCUCCCCAAGUCAGCCGUUUCUAUCCGCUCAUAGGUUUUUGAGCAAGUUUAAAGGAGUGAAGUUCUUAUGGAUCGAACUUCCUUCAUCCAGUCAUAGAGAUAUUGAUGAUCGUCUUUUGUUCAGGGAUGCGAUGGUCUGGCAUUCGAUAUUGUUGUACUUGGUUAAGGAUCUACCAAAGUUGGAAAAGGUUUCCAUUACUGAUUUAGGGAGAAGAGGGAAGCUUUCUCUGAGUGGGGAAAAGCUCAUUGAGGUGAAGGAAUGGGUACAUUCAGCUUCUGAAGCUGUGAUGACUCAUUUAGAGCUUCCUACUAAAAUAAGUAACGGUUACAUUCCCGUUUUGAAAUUGCCAGUUUCAGGGUAUGUGAUGAAAGGGAUACAUUUUUGUGUAAUGAAGAUGAAAGAUCUCGGGGAUGGAAAUGAUGGUGUUAUGAACAAUGAGGAUGCUUCUGCAGAUAAAGAAGAAGCUGCGUAUACUGAAGCUGUGAUGGAAAUUUUGGAGAAGCAUACGACAUGA